CCAAACCCAACCUCCCCCUACCACAUACAUACAUACAUACAUACAUACAACCAACACACCCAACUAUCAAAAGAAAAGAAGAGAGAGAGAGAAAAGAAGAAAAAAAGAAUGCCACCUCCAAAAACCUAUACCCUAACCUUCACCGGCGACGUCAUGCUCGGCCGGCUAAUCGACCAACUCCUCCCAACCCACCUCCCCAACCAACCCGACUGGCAAACCACAAUCAACCAAAUCCUCAAAACCGCCCCAGCCCUAAGAUCCUACUCCCAUAUUUCCCCCUGGGGCUCUGCCCUCCCUUUCCUCCUCCGCCCCGCCUCGGAUCUCAAUAUCAUUAACCUCGAAACGGCCGUUACGACCGUGGACACGCCAUGGCCUAACAAGGCCUUUAAUUAUAGGAUGCAUCCAUGUAACUUGGAGGUUUUGAAAGCGGGGAAGAUUGAUUAUGUUAGUUUGGCGAAUAAUCAUACGUUAGAUUUUGAGGUGGGCGGGCUGCAAGAGACGGUGGAGAGGGUUCGGGGGGCAGGGAUUGGGUUUGCGGGAGUUGGGGAUAGGCCUUUGGAACCUGCGGUUUUGGGGUUGAAGAGGGGAGGGUUUAAAGAAGAGAGUGGCGGUAGUGGUUCUUCUUCUUCGGGUGGUGGUGGUGGUGAAACUGAGGAGUAUAAAAUCCAUAUCUACUCCGCCUCAGACCACCCACGCGCAUGGGCCAACAUCCCCCAGUUCAAUUUCAUAGAUUACACUCCCGCCACUCGCGCAAAGCUCAAGACUAUCCUUACAAGCGGAGAAAAGCCGGCACUGAAGAUCUUCUCCGUGCACUGGGGACCUAACUAUGCGUGGCGGCCGGCUGGGGAGAUCCGCGCACUGGCCCAGUUCCUGGUCGACGAGUGUGGGGUUGAUAUUGUGCAUGGGCAUUCGGCGCAUCAUGUCCAGGGGGUGGAAGUUUAUCGGGGACGAUUGAUUAUGUAUGGGUGUGGGGAUUUCGUGGAUGAUUAUGCGUUGAAUGGACAGUUUAGGAAUGAUCUUGGGGCGCUUUGGAGGGUGAUGGUCGCGGAGGAUGGGAGGGGUGGGUUGUCCUUAGGGAGAUUGGAGGUUGUUCCGACGAGGUGUCAGCGGUUUGAGGUUGAGGUUUUGAGGAUCGAUGAUGAGGACCAUGCAUGGGUUAGGGAGAGGGUGGGGGAGUUGAGUAGGGAGUUUGGGACAGUUGUUAAGGGGGAGUUGGGGAGGGAUGGGCAGGUUGUGGUGGAUUUGGGGUGAGUAUUAUAUUAUUAUCUUGGAUUUCUUUUUAGGUGGAAGUUUGUGCUUUUGUCUUGGUUGUGUGUGGUUGAAUUGGUCAUUAUGGUAUAUCGUCGUGCGAAUAAUGUACACUUGGGCCUCC